AUGGCAUCAAUGGAUGCCCUAGGGGCCUUCACCCACAUGAAAGACAAUCUUCCUGGAUGGAUCAUUCGUGUUUCAGAGCUGGCUGCACACACCCACAAGAAGCACAACGAGUACUCCGAAGCCUAUAGACGCCACACAACCUUCAAGUCCCGCCGACGGAAAAACAGCUCUGUUUGCUCCAUCCAUACCGAUGACCUCGUACCGAUCGCACAAAGAAUGGGCCCCAGUCCAGAGCCCACGGCGGUGGGGAUAACCCAGGAUGUGCCCGAGGAAACUCCACGUUCUGGGCGCAAGCGCAGCACCGAAGAGGACCCCUCAGUUGAUUCCGGAGAACACUACGCUUUUGUAAGCACACGGCACAAUGUCAUUAUCGAGUACGAUGGCCAUACACAACAGACGCUGGAGGCAAUUGUACGGGAUAUCGGAGUCGCCAGGAACAACAUUCGACGAAGCCAGAUGGCCAUGAUGCCGCGCACCGGGCUGCGCGGAGGUCUGCUGAGCAAAGGCAUGAGCUUGAAUAUGCACAUGAACAUGCCAGCUGGAAUGGAACAAGUAACAUCACCGCUCUCUUGUGUCCGCAGCACCCGAACUACAGCUGGGCUUGUUGGUGUCUCUGGGGCCGGCGUACUGCGGAGGGACUCCGCUUUUGACUUUGCAGAUAAACAGCUGGAACUUGCCCACUCACUCUGCGAAACGGCAGCUUACCAGGUCCUGCGAUCCGGCGACUGCGGAACGGAACUUGAUGGCGUGGAGGAGAAGUUCAAGAUGCUACUUGAGGCUGCUAUCAACGAGGUCGAUCGUAUUAUGGCAGAAAAGAAGCAGCAAGAAGAGCACCAGCAAAAACAACAAGACGGGACCGCGGAAGAAGGACCUCCCAAACCACCUCCGACUCCCUCUGCAGCGCAACUCGCCAGAGUUGCUGCCAUUGCUGCGAAUAAACCUUCCUCGGCCACCGCAGGCACCAUCGAAGUUGAUGACAACUCAUCUCUCUCGGCUGAGUCCAUCGAUCUAUCUGCAUUCCGAUCAUCCCGGAUCCGAGUGUAA